UAUUGGUGCAUAAUGUCUGAAGCCGAGGAUGCCUCGGGCAAAGUCAGUAACUUGACAGCGGUGGAGGCGAUCUCGGCUAGGCUGGCGGAAGUGACAAGGCUGGCCGAGAAGCUGGACGCUAGACUCUGCGAGGCGGGAGCCAGGACUCGGCCUGUGCCGAUGUCCUCAUCCGCGAUGUCCUCCACUUCCUCUUUGUUCUCUACGUCGUCAGUCGCCCCAGCCACUUCCGUUCAACCGAUAUCAGCUGGAAUUUCGUCCGUUGGAACUGUCAACGCAUCACCGUUGAUAAGCUCGUCCACGGCUGCAGCGCAAAUUCAGCCGAAGUCAAUGUCCACGGUUCUGUCCACGACGACAAAGUCAACGACCACCUGGGGUUCCUCCACUUCGGCGACACCAACGUCGCCGAGAUCAGCGAAUGGAACUUGCAUUGGUGCUGCUGUCGAAAGUGUUCUGUCGCCUGAGCAGCAAGUCUCUAUGCCGAAGACGUCUGAAAAUGAUGAAACGGAAAGUGAGAAUCGAGAGGAAUUCGAUCGAAUUGUAGACGGUGAUAAACAGGAAGAUGCUGUAGAGAAUUAUUCGAUUCAAAAAAAUAUAAUAGCUGGGGGCGUUGUCAAAGUACAUAUUGUGAAACACAUUCAACUUUCAAAUUCUAAUCAUUUAUUUUUUUCAUCACAGGAGAUUAUCGAAAAGUCUUGUAACAACAGCGUAGGUGACGACUCGAACGUCGAGUGUUACGUGACUGCCACUGAAUGUUCAACAACACCGACGGCUCGUUCGAGAAGCGAAUCCUUCGUUACGUCCCCAGAAUGCGAAGACCUUGCUGCUCCAGCAACCAUGACGUCUGGAGGCGAUACUUGGUGGAACAUCGAGGAUCCAAAAUUUAUAACUACGAACGCAGCAAUGUUGUCUUCUGUGACUAAACAUGAAGAAAUUUCGAAAGUUCCGGAGCUGGAAAAAAAGGAGACGUUGAUAGAGAUUUCAAGACCGAAAGUUUGUGAGGCGAAUGGUGAAAAGCAAGUUGACAAAUUUGUAGCUGUGGAAAAAAGGAUAGAGGAAAAAUCCGGUAAAAUCGUAAAGGAAGUUACCGAGACGACGACUUUGCGUGUAUCGCACGACACACGACUAGGAGUCGCAUCUUACAAAGUGAUAUCCAACACUGUGCAAGAUCAUCGUGAAAAUGUUGAUGUUAAAGAAAUCAUGGAUCUCGAACGCAUCGUGUCACCGGACGCCCAUGAGAAAACCAACGGUUACCAUCGUGAACCGGAGCUUGGAUCUAAAAAUGAGUCGUACAGCCGCAGGGACGAAUUAUCAACAAAAUCGGACGACACCGAACGCGUGAUAAAGUUCACGAAGAUUUGCGAGAAGAACGAAGAACACAGACCACUAGCGGUGACUCCUGCAGACACCUCGAAGGACAUGACGUUGUCCUUGAAGGAAUACACCAGGCAUCACGAGGACAGCGGAAUCGAAAUGUCACCGACGAAGAGGGACGACAGCCUGGAGGGCCAAGAUUUCCUCGAUAAAGCGAGGAAGGUGAGUCCGAUCGGUGGUCCCUCGAUGAAUGGCGAGAGGAACAAGUGUUGCUGCAGCUGCAAUUGCAGCCACGAAGCCGCAUGCUUCGAUCGUUACGCCGUGCAACAGAGUUUCGUCGAGCUUUCCAGCGUCAAUGAAAAUCGACGUCGUUUGCCGCUGUCUAAUGCAAGCUAG